AUGCUAAAUCUGAAAAAACAAAAUUCUAGUUUUCUAGAGUUCCUUGCGGACCGUAACCAUAACCCCUUUGCGGUCUGCAAUGGGUAUUUGAAUUUUUCGCGCGUCAGACAUAGAGAUGUACAAAUUGGUUUUUUUGGAAAAACCGAAUCGGUUAUCUAUGAAGCGAAUGAAAAUCGGUACUUAAAGAAGGGUGAUGAUUUUCUGAAUCCGUUCAUUGACAUUUUUACCUAUACUAGCAGUUCAGGAGAUGGCACAACAUGCCACACAAAUGAAAAUGCACCAAACCCGAGUCCGAAGAAAACCAUUGCUGAUUCUUUGAGUAUUAAUAAUGCCUACGACACCUACAACAAACCGCCCAAGCUAAUGGCUAUAGAGGAUUACAACAGAUGGGCUAGUAGAUUUGAGGAAUGGCUACAGGCAUUUGCAUAUCAAAGUUGGAAGAGUAUGAAAAGUGGUUUUAACAUCGGAAGAACUGACUACGAAAAUCUAACUGAUACUCCAGAAGAGAAUUUCAUUGCAGAACAGAAAUGCAUCGCUUUACUUCAUCAAUCAGUGAGAGAUGAUAUUAUAUCAUUAAUUGAAUACAAAGAUUCCAGAGAUCUAUGGGAGAAAUUAAAGAUGAAGUGUGUGGGUGGUGCUGAAAUUGUUAAAAAUAAGAAAAAACUGUUGAGAAAAGAAUUCGAUCUGUUUGGGUGUUUGAAAAAUGAGUCUGUGUCAAAGAUGAUAGAAAGAUUUGGUCACUUAAAGUUGGAAUUUGCAAGAUAUGAAAUUGUGUAUACUCAGGAAGAAUCGGUUGAUAAGCUGUUUGACUCACUGCCGGAUGAGAAAGAUUGGCAGUAUUUUUCUUUAAUGCUGAAGAACACAGUGAAGUCGACUAAUCUGACAGUUGAUUUACUAAUCGAAAGACCUCAACAAUGUACAAAACUUCAGCGAAGAAGCAGCCAAGCAGCAGAUGUGUUUUUAGCAUCCAUCUUAGAAUCAUAUGAGAGCCUUGUUGCUGGAAAGAUCGGAAACACAAACCUCACCAAGGAAGAUUAUGAUCAAAUCGACCCCGAAGAGAUGGAGUUGAUAGAUAUUAGAUGGUGUAUGGCGAGUGCGGUCAGAAGGGCUCAAAGAUUCAUGGAGAUAACAGGCAGAUACUCCAUUGGCGGACCUUCAACAAAGCUAGGUUUUGAUAAAUCAAAGGUCACAUGCUUUAAAUGCAAGCAAAAGGGGCAUUUUAGACGAGAAUGUCGAAAUGCAGCUGCUGAUGAAACGGCCAACCCAUUCCGUGAGGACUAUUAUAAAAGAGCCAUCUAUCAUCAAAACAAAUCCGAAUCUCCCAGAAUGAAACAAAAGAUGUUAGCCCUAACCAUGAAAGACAGACAUUAUCGUGCAUGGAAAGAGGCUAAAAGCGCGAAGAGAUGGGACGUUGACAGAGAAUGCUAUUUGGAUCCUAAGGGAAAUAUACUUGUGGAACCAUCAACACUUCUUGUCGAGACUCUGAUCGAGCAAAUAGCAGAAGAGGAAGAAGCAAGACAGAGAAUGUGGUGGGGAAGUGAAGAAGAAGAGAAAGAGAAGGAACUACAGUCGAAAAAGGUCGAUGAUGGGAUAAUCGACACGACGAAAGAAUUUACAGCAGAAAAUCUGAAGAAAAAGGCUUAUAAAGUUCUUGCAGCGAAAGAAUUAGAGGUAGAGUCUAAGUCCAGAAAUGAGUCAAAGAGCAAGGUCAGUUCUAAUGAUUCAACAAAUGAGUCAGGUAAGACUGAUAAAGCCAAAACUGAGAGUGACUGCAAAAAUUGCAUGAAAGAUUGCAAGGUUUGUAGCACACUUGCUUACCUCAGUGGUAAAAAGACUGAAGAACUGUCAGAAAGAGUCAAAGAAGUUGAAAACCAGAUCUUAAGUCCUGACAAGUUGGUAAAAGCUUCAAAUGAUAGAAUAAAAGAAUUAACUGAUAAACCUGAAAAAUAUAAAAUUGACGUAGAACGAAUCGGGAAAGAAAAUGAAAAGUUAAUUCAUGAAAACCGUCAAAUUCCAGAAAAUUAUGAGAAGCUAAAAAGAACGACUAAAGAUUCUGAUGAAAGAAAUGAUAAAACAAUGAAAGAAAACUUUCAACUUUAA